CUUUAUACACCAUAGGACGGGCACCCAACAACUGAUACUGGAGCUCGCGCUGCAUUUCUACCCCUUUCUCUUUGGCGACUUUUUUGCACCGUUCUCUAGAAAGCGGCAUACUCUUUUUGCCUCUCCCUUGUAAGCGAUCUACAGCACACAGCUUGUGAACCUAGCACCAUGGGCGGCUCUCGGCGGCGGCUAAAGAAGAAUGCACCGAAGGUCCGCAACGGUUUGAUAAAGACAAGGAAGGACGAGAAGACGAAGAUACCUCUACAAAUAGCGAUGGAAUAUCCGGAGCUUAAAAAGCGGCUAAAGAAGGAUGUGGAGUGGGACGAGAAGGACACGCUGGACGAGAACUACGCCCGCAACCAGCUGGUGUCCGACCCCAACGUGCUGCUGGGGCGCAAGGAGAAGAAGACGCCGCUGGUGGCCCCGGAGGCGAGGAAGGAGGCGGGCGAGGAGACCUUCUCGGAUGAUGACGAGCAACGCGCCGCCCUGCACCUGCCCCGCAAGUCGGGUCGCGCCCCCCCGGCGCGCCUGACCGCCACGCAGCGGCAGGUGGUGGGGGCACUGCUGGAGAAGCACGGGGAGGACGUGCAUGCCAUGAUGCUGGACACCAAGCUCAACAAGAUGCAGCACUCGGAGGGCGAGCUGCGCAAGCUGAUAGCCGCGUACCGCUACUGGGGACCCACCUGCAGCGCCGCGCAGAAACACGACUUCUGGACGGAGAAGAAGCCGCCCAAGAAGCUGCUCAACUGCAGGAUUCUGGUGUGAGCUACGAGUGAGAUGAGAGCUGAGGACGGGGGGAGUCAGGAGCCGCAGGGUAGGGAGUCGGGCUGUGUGGGUUGGGGUGUAAGAGUUGGUGUACGAAGGUGAGGGCGGCCACCAAGAGGAGCGCUAGGGGCAAUAAUGCCGUUCGGGUCUUAGAGCCGCCGCUGUGGUUGUGCGGCGUGCGGCAUUCCCACACGGCUUUUCGCAGCUGGGGGGCUUUUCGCAGCUGGGGAUGAUGGGGUUGAGGGGCUGUCUUCGGGCAUGGCGAUGGGGAUGGGGCAAACGAGGCAAGGGGGCAUUGCGUAUCGUGUAUGUGCGGAUGGUGCGGUGAUGCAGCGUUGUAUAGGGGCUUAAAGGGUUGUGCUGGACCCGUUAGCGGUACUGAGUACUGUAGGACACUGAGGUAGAGGCCAUGGACGUGCGCAGUGUCAGAGCUGUCGAGUAGAUGUGUAGUAACGCGGUCCUUUACUUGCUUUUCUCUGCCUUUACACUGAGCUAAGCGAAUGAACGGAGCUGAACUGUGGGAAUGAAUGAGGGUCAUGUUCGUACGACAGAUGAGAGUGAUAUCUUGGUUAACUUUAACGAUUCCAGGACACGGCGGGCUGGGCUGGGCGUGCUGUUGGCUGAUGUGCAUUGGCUGUUCGAAGCCGUGCAUACCGGUAGAGGGUUGGGGUUGUGCAGGCGAGAGGUGCAGCGUGCAGGUAUACCGCAGUUCCGUGGCUCGGGCAUGUGGUGGCAUGUGUUGCCAAUUUGCUAUGUAAGGGG